CAAAUUCCGCUAUGGGGAGAAGGUCGGCUGUGGGAACAUGGCGCAGUUACUCUGGAUUAACUUCCCUCAGGAGAAACUCUGGAGCAUCGCUACUUGGCACACAAACUCUCCCCGUAUCCACCGACAAGUGAAGCCACUGUAAACCCAGCAGAACCCGCUUUUCUCCGCUCCACUCGUGUUGUUUUGGAGAAGUUUUCACCAGUCCUGCCUUCACUGUUGUUACUGCUGUGUGUGUGUGGGAUGAGAGUUUGGAGCCGCCGGAUUUAGCAGAGAAGAGAGCAGGAUGGAAAAGCAAAGAACCAGGAAAGAAAAGUUCUCUCUGUUCGGUUCUCGCUCCACCAGCAGGACCGCCGUCCCUCCCUCUUCCUCCUCCUCCUCGUCCUCUCCCGUCAUCCCUCCUUCGGCCCCUAAAUUAAAAAAGGCCGACCGCCCGCCCGCCUCCAGCCCCCCCGAUCCACCCGGACCGCCCGGUCUGAGCAAAGCAGAGUUCCUGGAGCGCGUGCGUCGCAGUAACCAGGCCUGCCAGCAGGGGGAGUUUGCUCUGGCCGUGCGUCUGUACAGCGAGGCUCUGACCGCCGACCCACAAAACUGCAUCCUGUACAGCAACCGCUCUGCAGCCCACCUGAGACUGGGUCAGUACAGCACGGCUCUGGACGACGCCAUCAAAGCUCGACUCAUCAAUCCAAAGUGGCCAAAGCCGGGCGGAGGCAGCUCUUCCCCCCCUCCGGGUCUGAGAUGCGUCUGCCUCCGCCGCGUCCCCUCGUCUCCACACCGGCUGCUGUGA